AUGCUUUCUAGAGCACUCAAUCCAGUUCGAGCAGGAAUAUCGGCUGCUCCAAUUUUGGUUACCUCAAAACGGGACUCACACACUAUUUGGUAUCCAGAUGCGAAGUUUGAGAGGCAAUUUAAGACCGGUGGAACUAUGGGUAAACUGUGGAUGUCCGAGAAUAUAUCGGAGUUUGAUAAGCAAAUCGGGCUCGACAAACUCGAAAAGUUGGCAUAUAGCGAACCAGUUAUGAGUGAUGUUUACGACGGGAAACGACGUGAAAAGAAUUUGGAGAACAUGAUCCUCAACUUUGGCCCCCAGCAUCCUGCAGCUCACGGAGUGCUACGACUCGUGCUCAAACUCGAGGGAGAAGUCAUCAUCAAAGCAAUUCCCCAUAUUGGUCUUCUUCAUCGCGCCACUGAGAAGCUCAUUGAACAUAAAACUUAUACGCAGGCAUUGCCAUAUUUCGAUCGCCUUGACUACGUCUCAAUGAUGUGCAAUGAGCAAGCAUGGUCUUUGGCGGUGGAGAAACUUCUCGGAAUCGAUAUCCCACCGAGAGCGAAAUAUAUUAGAACAUUGUUCGGAGAGCUCACGCGAAUUCAGAAUCAUAUUAUGGGUAUCACCACGCACGCUCUCGAUGUAGGCGCCAUGACACCGUUCUUUUGGAUGUUCGAAGAACGAGAGAAACUCUUCGAGUUCUCUGAACGUGUUUCGGGUGCUCGUAUGCACGCGAACUAUGUGAGACCUGGCGGUGUUGCGUGGGAUAUGCCGAUUGGAUUAAUGGACGAUAUUUAUGAUUGGGCGGUCAAGUUCCCAGCACGAAUCGAUGAAUUGGAAGACAUGCUCACAGAAAAUCGAAUUUGGAAAGCAAGAACCAUUGAUAUUGGACUUGUCUCCGCUGCUGAUGCGUUGAAUUGGGGAUUCACUGGGGUCAUGGUCCGUGGAUCUGGCAUCAAACAGGAUGUGCGUAAGACGCAACCGUAUGAUGCCUAUGAUCAAGUUGAAUUCGAUGUGCCAAUCGGAAUCAAAGGCGAUUGUUAUGAUAGAUACUUAUGCCGAAUUGAAGAAAUGCGUCAAUCUUUGAAUAUUGUUCAUCAGUGUUUGAAUAAAAUGCCGAAAGGUGAAAUAAAAACCGACGACUAUAAAGUUUCUUCACCAAAACGCGCUGAAAUGAAGGAAAAUAUGGAAGCGCUCAUUCAUCAUUUCAAGUUCUUCACCGAAGGUUUCCAAGUACCGCCUGGUGCCACAUAUGUGCCAAUCGAAGCCCCGAAAGGAGAAUUUGGAGUCUAUUUGGUUGCUGAUGGAACUGGAAAACCCUACAGAUGUUUCAUCCGUGCUCCCGGAUUUGCUCAUCUCGCCGCUAUUCACGAUGUCUGCUAUAUGUCGCUAAUUGCUGAUAUUGUCGCCGUAAUUGGAACGAUGGACAUUGUUUUUGGAGAAAAAAAGGAUAUUGGAAAACUUGUUGGCUGGAUUGAACGACUUGAAGUGAAACCGGAUUAUCUUAAUGGGAAAGUCACCGUAAAAUGUCUCAUGAACCCUAAAUCGGUUUUGGAUGUUCCAGAAGGUCUCGUCGUCUAUUUAUCAAGUUUUCCGAAUGAUGAGAUGCUCAUCGGCAAGUCGUCGCGUUACACAUCGCUGCGGGCAAUUGUCGAAAAGUCGUCGCCCGGUGAGAGAUUGCUUCAUUUAACGACUUCAAAAUUAAAUCGCAUUGAUAUUAAUAAGCUGCUUUUUCUUCAUUUUGUGCAGAAGGAAUCGAGAAAUUGGAUUUAUGACAGAGACCGUCGUCAAUUUUGCUCGAUUCACUUGGCGUUUGCCUCACUUCUGCUUUCCGCCGUUAGUCCUUUCAGAAAGUCGCAAUCGAUUGAGGAAAACAAGAACAUUUUGCGAAUUGAAUCCACUGCUCCCAUAACUCAUCCAUUUACCAUUAAUGAAUACAAAUCGAAACUUCAAAAUUAUGACGUUAGUUUGUCGCAUUCUUCAAGUUUUUCAAAGAGUGAACAACUAUUUACUGUUAAUAUUUUGGAAAUUGAAGAAGAAAAUGAAACGUUGAAGUUUUCGCUUUCAACCGAUCGAAGUUCGCAUAUUUGGAGUUCGCAGGAUCUUUGGCUUUUUCCUGUUGAGCGAGAAAACAAUAAAGAAAGUGUUCUUUCGAAAGCUGGCCUUUGUGAUAGUGAAGAGACGAUUUGCGUUCAACCGUCUUACUCGGGGUCGACAAUUAUAGACGUAGUGAAUCCGAAAUGCGAUUUGGAUAUAAAGGCGAUUGUCGCACAAAUUGGAGCGUUGAAAUAUACGGGUGGUGAUUUUAAGCGAUAUCGAUUUAAGGAGAAUGGAAAAUGGAAGAAUUUCUAUCAAAGCUUACUUAAUAUGGCACUUAUUAAUCCGGAUGCUUUUGAAUGGAUCGAGAAAAUUCCGCGGAAUAAAGAUAUAAAACUGUGCCUUUCUCUAGACGAUGAUGAUGAUGAUUCAGGAGAAGUGAUCGUAGAAAUUAGUCAUAUUUCAGAAGAUUCUCAGAUUGUCACUCUUGAAAUAUCUGGAUUUACAAAUACCGAUGUUGACGUGCCAUUAUCGAGAGAAAUACCUUAUUAUUUGCAUGUUUAUGAGCCAAAUUAUGACGAUGAUGACAAAAAUGAUACGAAAACCAAUGGGAUGUUUGAAUUUUCGUUACGACGAUCCGAAGGAUUUCACCUUGAGAAUGGAACCAUACUGAAAUUGACGAAAUGCUGGAGUCCUACCGGCGUCAUUGAAGAUAUCACCAAUUUUCAAUUUUUCGUCGUUCGGGGAUCGCGAAACGGAAAAAUUGAAAAUGAGCAAAUUUUUGAGCUCGAAAUGCUCCCUUCGAGGCAUCUUCUUCGGCGAAACGAAGAAUUCACCUGUAUUAGAGCAUUUUAUCACGUUGAACUCGAAGAUUCAAAUAUUCUUGCACUCGAAUCAAACUGGCUUCCAGUCGAUGCGAAAUGCUUUGAUAAUAACCAACGAGUGAAGAAAAAGACAGCAAUUUCCAAUUUCCAGAUUAGUCCGGAUUCGAGAUUUCUAAUUAUUGCUUUAAAACAAUUAUAUGAGGAAAAGGUAGAUGAUGUUGAAGCGGCACCUCUGAAUUCACAAUCUACAACGGCAUAUGUUUCCAAAGAAAUUAAGCAAAAUGUGGAAGAAGCGGAUUCUCAAGUGCUAGAAGAAAUUCAAGAAUCUUUGCCAGAAAUGUUUGACGAUCAAUCGGACGACAUCGAGAACAUCAAUCCGAAUCAAUCCGAGGAGACUCUUUUCUUCGAUGACAGUGAUAAAAAAGUCUGCGAAGAUUUGCUGAUAGCAGUUUCUGAUCUAUUUGAGAAGGAUUUCGUUGAAAUCGGAUUCGUUUCGGUUUAUUCUUUUGCAGAGAACAACGAAACGAACAGCCUUGAUUUGUUUUUUAGUAUUGAAACAUUUGAUGAUGAUCCGGACAUUAUAUUUGCUCAGAUCGACUCAUUUGUUAAAGGUAAAACCAUCAUUUUACAACUUGACCAUCUUGUAACCAACUCGUUCAUUGUUGGAGUUAUCGACGAUAUUGACUUCGAACAAAAGAAAGUUCUACUAAUCGUCGACGAGAAGAAAUCGGACAUGGUAUUUUUGACACAAUGGCUCAAUUUCAUGUAUUUUGCCGAUAUGCAAUCGAUUUACAUGCUAACAAGCGAACUUUCUUCGUAA